AUGACAGUCCAGGAAAAAAAAAACAAAAAUUUAGUUGAAAUAGUCAAAACUUUGGGAGAAGGAACUUUUGGGAAAGUUGUGCAAGUUAAAGAUCUCAGAAUUGGAAGAAAAUCUUCUUCAACACCAAAAGCUUUAAAAAUAAUUAAAAAUGUUUCAAAAUAUAGAGAAGCUGCUCGUUUAGAAAUUAAUGUUUUGAGAAAAUUAAAAGAAAAAGAUCCUGAUAGUCGACAUUUGGUUAUUCAAUUACUUGACAGUUUUGAUUAUUUUGGACAUAUAUGUCUGUUAUUUGAUUUGCUAGGAUUAAGUGUCUUCGAUUUUAUGAAAUCGAAUGAUUACAGACCCUACCCUCUGGAUCAAGCAAGAUAUAUCGCUUAUCAGUUAAUACACGCAGUUAAAUUUUUGCACGAAAAUCGUUUAACUCACACUGAUUUGAAGCCAGAAAAUAUACUUUUUGUAUGUAGUGAUUAUGUUACUGUGCCACAGGGUAAUUCUGAUGAAGGAAGAAGACGGAAACCUAUGCGAGUUGUUAAGGAUGCAACAGUCCGUUUAAUUGAUUUGGGUUCAGCCACCUUUGAUCACGAGCAUCAUUCAACUAUUGUCUCUACUAGACAUUAUCGGGCUCCAGAAGUUAUUUUGGAACUUGGAUGGUCACAACCUUGUGAUGUUUGGUCUAUUGGAUGUAUUAUGUUUGAACUAUACACGGGACAGACUUUAUUUCAAACACACGAUAAUCGAGAACAUUUGGCAAUGAUGGAAAGAAUUUUAGAAAAUAUACCUUACAGAAUGGGAAGGAAAACUAAAACCAAAUAUUUCUACCACGGUCGAUUAGAUUGGAAUGAAAGAACAUCAGCGGGGCAAUAUGUACGGGAUAAUUGCAAACCUUUAAUGCGUUAUAUGCAAUCAAAUAACGAGGAACACCAACAACUUUUUAAUCUUAUUGACCGAAUGUUAGAUUACGAACCAAGUUCUCGAAUAGUUUUGGCUGAGGCACUCAGACAUUCAUAUUUUGACCGUUUGGAUUCAAACCUUAGAGCACGUGUUGAUGGGGUAAAAAUUAAUAAUGGAGAAGGGCAAAAUGGGGUUGGAGGGAGAAUUGUUUAA